AUGGCGGCAAUGGCGUGCACAUCGCCGCACCGGAGCGCAGCAGCACAGCCCCCGAGUCAACGGCAGCAGCAGCAGGGGCAGCAGCUGACGGCGGCGCCGCACCGGCGGCGCCAGCGGCGGCAGGCGACGCGCCGCCAAACCGCGUGCCAGGCGGGGAGCGCGGCGCAGAGCGCGGCGCCCUUCCCCGGGGACUACAACCAGGCAGUGCGGCAGGCGCAGGGCGCGGCGGCGGCGGCGCUGGCCGACGGCGCCAGCCUGGUAGAGGUGGAGUUCCCCACAGCCUCGCUGGUGGCGGUGGCGGGAGACGCCGAGGGCGCCAACGAGAUGACCUACUCCCUGCAGCACCUGCGCCAGUUCAUGCGGGGCUGGAAGGACCAGGCGGGCACCACUCGCAUCUUCUUCCCAGACCCCACGGAGCUCAAAGUGGCGCUCAAGGGAAAAGCCAUGGACCCCAACGCCGGCUCUUGGACCAUAGACCCUGUGUUUGAGGGCACCGCCUUCAAGUUUGGCUACCUGAUGAAGCCGAACCCCUUCCUGGACAUGGGCAUCACCGUGGGCAAGAUCAACGCCGCCGACCAGCUGGACGGGCGGGAGCAGCUGCUGGUCAUGGCCUACCCGCACUUCAACCCCCAGGAGAUGCUGGAGGUGGCGGCGCUGCACGAGUACCUGGCGGCGCAGGCAGGCGGCAGGGAGGGUGCCACCCCCAUCAUCACCUUCAACGCCGAGCUGGACCGCAUCCGCACAGGCUACUACCCGCCCUUCUUCUACCCGGCCAUCGGCAAGAUCGCCAAGUCCCUGCUGCCGCAGUUCACAACCGCGUACUACAUCAAGAACUUCAAGGGCGCCACCGGCGGCUGCAUCUUCCGCUGCUACCCGAGCCCCUUCCAGAUCUGGAGCCGCACGCGGGCGGGGUUCAGCCUGGUGGAGGAGCGGGAGGAGAUGCCCAACCAGAGGGAGGUGGCGCUGGAGGUGCUGCCCCGCGCGGCGGCGGCGGCGGCGGCGCGCGGAUGAGCCGCACGCCCGCUUCUGGCUCCGUUCCGUUGCCCGGCUGGGCUGGAGGCACGCCCGCGCUUACCCCUGCUGCCCUUCCCUAAACUUGCGUGCACUGAUUUCAUCUGCCCUCUGCCUCUGACUGCACCCUGUUUGCACUGAGCUUGAUCUGCUGCUCCUUUCAUCUGUUGCAAUACACUAAUGUGCCGCAAUCAUGUUGCAAACGCCAUCCC